CCUUCGUGUUUCCAAAUUUACCUGUGUACUUUCUCUUAUGUUCUCCGUCACGUUCGUCGAGGCGUUUGCUGGCUCUGGUGGUGCGGCUUAAACAAAACUUCGUCGUCUCAGUGAAAACAAGGAAUUCAAAAACCUACAGGAGCGUUGUUUUUCAAGUUUUACUGCCUACAGAAGUACCAGGUGUUUAAAACAUGGGCAAAGCUUCGAGGGAUAAAAGGGAUAUAUACUACAGAAAAGCAAAAGAAGAAGGUUGGCGUGCUCGAAGUGCCUUCAAGCUCCUUCAAAUAGAUGAGGAAUUCAAUAUAUUUGAAGGAGUAAAGCGUGUGGUGGAUUUAUGCGCUGCCCCUGGUAGCUGGAGCCAGGUUUUGAGUCGUCAAUUGUAUCUGCCAGCAAAGCUUUCACCAGAUUCGAGGGAUAGCGAUCUUCCUCUUAUUGUAGCCAUUGAUUUGCAGCCCAUGGCUCCAAUUGAAGGUGUUAUUCAGGUGCAGGGUGACAUAACAAAUGCUCGAACAGCUGAAGUGGUCAUUAGACAUUUUGAUGGUUGCAAGGCUGACCUGGUUGUGUGUGAUGGUGCUCCUGAUGUAACUGGUCUUCAUGACAUGGAUGAAUUUGUUCAGUCCCAGCUCAUACUAGCGGGUUUAACAAUAGUUACCCAUGUACUUAGAGAAGGCGGAAAGUUUAUUGCAAAAAUAUUUCGCGGGAAAGAUACUAGUCUUCUGUAUUGUCAGCUGAAAUUAUUUUUCCCUUUGGUAACUUUCGCAAAGCCAAAAAGCAGCAGAAAUUCCAGCAUAGAGGCAUUUGCAGUUUGUGAAAAUUAUUCCCCUCCGGCAGGAUUUAAUCCGAAAGAUUUGCAUCGCCUAUUAGAAAUGGUGGGGAGCCCAUCUGGAGGAGAUGAUCUAGAUUGCAGUAGUGGGUGGUUGGAAGGGCCAAAUAAGGUGUAUAUCCCAUUUCUAGCUUGCGGGGAUCUCUCUGGAUACGAUUCUGACCGUUCAUAUCCGUUACCUAAAGUUGCCGAUGGAAUUUACAAGAGCUUGGAUCCUGUACAGCCCCCAAUUGCCCCUCCUUAUAAGAGAGCACUUGAAUUGAAGAAAGCAUCCAGUCAUGGAAUCCAAGAGCUUGAAAAGCUCUCCUUGGAUUCUUGAUUAUGAUGCAUUAAUGUAUACACAUACCGACAAAUUCAAAUGGCCAAAUUUGUUGCAGCAUCUCUAGAUUCAUCCUAGAAGGGACUCUCUGUGUUCGUUCUUGUUCUUGUUCUCAUUGUCUAUCAUCCAGAUGAUAGGACAUCUUUAACUUUAUCCCUGUCUCCUCAUUUUGAAAGAUUAAGAAAGUUCACAUAACUAUAAACUUUUGUGCCCACAAUAUGGCGAAAUGAGCCGCCUCCCAAUUCUUUUAAGGAAGCAUUCCUAUCUUCUCCUCC